AUGGCGACGGCUGCGCAACCGCAGCGGCUCAGCGACGCCAUUCUCGGCUUCGCCCUCGACGGCAAGUUCCCCGACGACAUUGCUGAGCUGCCGCCCGUCUCCGACACCGACCUGCAGCCCGCCAUCGACUCCCUCGCCCGAACCACGACGGAGCUCGAGACCGAGAUACACACGAUCAAUGAAGAAACCAAAGACGACGUUAGCUCGUGGGUCAGAAACGCCAAGACUCUGCAGGAGGACAUCAUCCGCUCCAAGGCCAUUGCCAACGACAUUGUCCGCCAAUCCGAAGCCCCUGAUGUCUCCGGUGAAGCCAUAGCAGACGCCGAGUCAAAAGCCGAGUUCCUCAAUCGCGAGGUGCAAUACACGCAACAGCUCUCGGGUGUCCUCCACAAGAUUCGCCGCGUCAACCAGCUCUUGAGCGACGUGGAGACGGCCAGGGACGAGCACCGCAUCCUCGACUCCUUGCGCCUCUUGGAGCAAUCUUGGGCCGCGCUGGACGAUGUCAGUGUGAGCAAAUCGUGUCGCAUCAUACGCCUCCUCGACGUGCACGCUUUCGAGCUCAAGUCCGAUGUCCACGAGGUGUUCGAUAAUGUCUGGAAAGCACUCGUCCGUGUCGACGUUGACACCGGAACGGUCGCCAUCUAUGACAAGCUUGAAGGGGAUCCCAUGACUCUCUCCGAAGCAGUCAUCGGCUUGAAGGCCUACAAAGAGGUAGACGAGCGGAUGGAGCAGCUCUGGCGCAACAUAGAUGCCGCUCUGGUGACACCGCGCAUGAACACCGCAAGCGCCAGCCUGCCCGCCAUCAAAGCAGGUCCGGACGAGCUGCAGCUGGAAGGGCAAGCAAAUGGCUCCAUUGACGCCCUCCUGUCGGACCUCGAAAAAGUCUUCAUCUUGCUAGCGCACAAACUGCCCUCCGAUCUGCUCCAGUCCCUGUCGUCGGUUAUGAUUGGCGAAAUUGUACCGCGACUCAUCCAGAACUGGCUCAACCCUUCCGUGCCUACGUCUCUGGCAGAUAUGGGCACCUUCCAAACCAUGGUUCACCGCACGACAGCCUUUUGCAAUGUUCUGCGCCAAAACGGAUACACCGGCUUUGAGAAGCUGUCGGGCUGGGCGGACAAGGCUCAUAUGACGUGGCUUGAAAAACGUCGAGAAACUGCCCUUGAUAUGGUCCGGAAGAGGCUUACCAGCGGAAUUGGCCAGUCCAAGCAAGUCGAAAAGGUGGAGAAGCACAUGGUCUCCGUGUCGGAGGGUAAAGAGCUCGCGACGACCGGCGCCGGCGCGGCAGCCGAUACCAACGAGUGGGGAGAUGACUGGGGCGACGCGUGGGGUGACGAUGGCGACGCGGAAGGAGUUGACACAGCACGGGCUAAGCCUGAGAGCGAACCUCCCAAGGGUGCUGAGGACGAUGGCACGGAUGCCUGGGGUUGGGAUGAGGAGGGGAGCGCCGGAGACCCAGCGCAGCCAGCAGAGGCGGACGAAGACGACAGCGCCGCAGCCUGGGGCUGGGGUGAUGAGGAAACCGCCCCUGAACCGUCUGUCGCCCAAACCAAGGCCAGGGGUACGGCCGGCAAGGGUGUCCGUAAGGAGGAAACGAGGGAGCUUGUGUUGAAGGAGACAUACAACAUCUCCUCGAUGCCCGAGCCGGUCUUGGAGCUCAUCUAUGCCAUCCUCGAAGAUGGUGCGGCUCUUACAAAGAACAGCGACGAGUACAGUCUGGUCGCAUCGACCGCCCCGGGGCUGUUUGGCCUGCCGACUUUUGCCCUUGCACUGUUCAGGGCCAUCUCACCACACUACUACUCUUUAGGUGUCGGCGGCAACAUGUUCUUGUACAAUGAUGCCAUGUACAUUGCCGAGAGACUCUCUGAGUUCUCGGCUAAUUGGAAAGAACGCGAGGAUCUGACCCCGAGGGCGAAGACGAUGCUGCGACUUGACAAUGACAUAAAGACCCUGCAGAGCUUUGCGAAUCGAAGCUACGGCGCCGAGAUGAACCUCCAGAAGACGGUUCUUCAGGACCUUCUCGGCGGCUCUCAGAGUCUGCUACAACAGGACGACAUGGAGGCGGCCGUGGAGGCUGGCACUGCCCGCAUCAGGACCAUGGCCGCGACCUGGGAGCCGAUCCUUGCUCGCUCGGUCUGGUCCCAAGCCAUCGGCUCUCUUGCUGAUGCCUUGGGGACGCGGUUGAUCACCGAUGUUCUCGAUAUGUCUUCCAUUGGGCAAGAGGAAGCAUACAACAUUGCCAAGCUUAUUGCAUCGGCAACCGAGCUGGACGACUUAUUCCUGCCCAGCAAACUGGGGGGGACGGCGCCCUCCGAGGACGAAGUCCCGGCGACGGCGCAAUACGCCCCGAACUGGCUACGGCUCAAGUACCUGAGCGAGGUGCUCCAGAGCAACCUCAACGAGGUCAAGUUCCUCUGGUGCGACAGCGAGCUAAGCCUCUACUUUACGGUGGACGAGGUGGUUGAUUUGAUCAACGCCAGUUUUGAAGACAACGCCCGGACGAGGGAGACUAUUCGAGAGAUUCAGAGAAAACAAAGGCCAAUGAAUGCAGCCCGCGAGGGUUGA